CACAGCGGACACACCAAGACAUACGUGCUGCUGAUGGAGGGUGGCAAGCGAGAUGACACCCUGUUUCCGAUGACAGACCAGCGAAUUUCUUCGCAGCCAGCAGCAACAGAUGCUGGGGCGAGAGAGGUAGCGCGGAACAGCAUCAUCGGAGCUACGAGCGGCGCUGUCUUCGGAACCGUGCUGGCGACGUACCGCGGACAUUCCGUGCCGUUCUACGCGGCGAGCAUGGGCACAAACUACGCCCUGGCCUCCCUGGCGUUCUUCGGUACAGAGGCGUUGAUCCGAAAAGCUCGCGGGGACAAGCGAGACGCGCUGGGCUACGCCGGCGCCGGCCUGACGACGGGCAUGGCCAUGACUUUGCCGAUCGGGGGGCGAUACCAGGCGCUGGUGGCCGGGAUUGCAAUGGCAGGGGCGGGGUACGGGGGCUUCUACGCGCACCGGAGAGCAAGGGCUUAUCUGGACGAGCUGGGGCAGGAGGAGCUCAGGCGAAGAGAGAAAUUAAAAUCGAAAGGGCGCAACCAGGCGAAAGGCGGGCCCAGUAAACGCCACCAGGAGCAGCGAUAGCGUAACUAACAACGAAAAAUUGGACCGGGGGUUGCUACGAUCGUUUGUGGUUGUUGCGUUUGGGUGUGGAUUGAGUUGAGGCGGGGCGAAAGGCAGAGAGAGGUCAUGACGGGUUUGAGGAAAGAGUAUUCAUUUGUGCUGUACAAUCCAUAUGAUUUUGACGUUUUCUUCAGUACGAAACUUGCGUCCGGUGCGUUUCAUCUGUGUGCGGUGAGGAGAACGCUGCUGCUUAGAUUUCUAGACCGAGCCGGUCAGAUUAGGAGCCGACCAGCUCUCUUAACAUGCUCCACAGUCCACCGGUUGAAUGUCUUGUAGAAGUACUUUUUAUUCACUUGUCAGGUGCGUGGGGCCUUUUGCACUGGUUCCCGCUCGAGUCAUGUCGGGUGGGGCUCUCCCCCGGCGGUACUCCGACGGCGGUGUUGCUUGCAGGACUGCAAUAUCCGACAGCUUGGAUGUUCUUUUUGUCUUACCGGCAUCGAAUACCGUAGGGGUGGCUAUCUGACACACCUGCAUGAGGUCGAUCCUGUCGGCCAGUUCGGAGUUCGAAGCCCACCUUGCUCUUUUUGCUCCCCCUCUGUCUUGGAAGAACUCGGUGUCGAAACAUGGGCGCACAACUUGCAUUCAACGCUCGUCGUGUGUACAGAGCGGCUUCAGCAAAUCCUCUGUAUUUUGUUGCUGCGGCACCCAAGGUGUCAUUGUUUGUUUCGGAGGAGUUCCUUGGAUGCAGUC